AUGGCAAAAAAACUUUCAAAACGAGAAGAAUCUACUUUAAAGCCAAAUCCGAAUUGUCCUCGAGAACGAGAAAUAAACAUACUAUUAUUGGGGCCAACAGGAGUUGGUAAAACAACAUUUAUUAAUGCUUUUGCAAACUACAUCGUUAGUGAUACUCUUCUACAAGCAGUCGAAAAUGAUAUGCAAGUCAUUAUUCCUUCUUCAUUUUCUUUUACUUCGCCACAGUCUUUUGACGAAACAUCAAUCACUAUUGGUGAAGAGGACGAACAUGAGAAAUUUAGUCUUGAGGGUCAAUCAGGCACGCAGCAAUGUCGAAGCUUCAUAUUUUCAAUUGGUGAUCGGAAUCUACGAAUGAUCGAUACCCCAGGCAUCGGCGAUACUAGAGGGUUUGAACAAGAUAAGAAAAAUUUUAUCGAAAUAUUAACUUAUAUUUCUCAAUAUAAACAUUUGAAUGGAUUGUGUAUAUUACUGAAACCAGACGAGCAACGUUUAACUAUACCUUUUCGAUUCUGUGUCAAUGAACUUCUACGACAUUUGCCUCUCGAUUCAAAGGACAAUAUCAUUUUUAUCUUUACAAAUGCACGAACAACUUUUUUUGCACCAGGCAACACAAAAAUACUUAUUAAAACUAUGUUGAAUGAACAUAAGAAAAGUCAUGAUGUUGAAGUACCAUUUUCAAUGGAGAAUUCAUUUUUAUUUGAUAGCGAACCGUUUCGUUACCUAGCACUACGUAAAAAUGAUAUCACCUUGGAUGAGCAACAAACACAAAGCUAUAUUAGAAGUUGGGAUCAUUCAGUUCAAGAGUAUUGUCGUUUUAUGAAACAUCUGGUUACACGCCCACUAAGAUCUGUAUCUAUUAUUCUUUCAUUGAAUGAAGCUGAACAACUUGUUCGGGCGCUUCCACGUCCUAUUGCUGAAACAUCAAAACUUAUCGAACAAAAUAUUCAACUUGCUAAAGAUCAUAAACAAAGAGUGUUGAAAAACUCUGCACUUGCAUCAGAAGGAAUACCGCAGAAUAUUGCUGUCGUUUCCCGACUAACGCAUCCGCGAACAGUAUGUGUGGGUGACAAUUGUUGUCGAAUGAUUGAUGUGAACAAUGAAAAACAAAUUGAAUAUAUACACAUAUGUCAUGAAGAAUGUUAUUUGAAAGGCGUCAAACAAGAAACAUUAUAUGAUGAUAAAUUGCAAGACUGCACAGCAAUGGAUCCUAGAUCAGGUGAAAAGUUCGAAGUCUUGAUCUUUUAA